AUGACCAUCCCCGAUGAUAUCCUUGCUGCAGAUGCAGCAGGGAGAAUACCCAGUGGGGUCACGCUCGAAUAUCUAGCACAGUCCCGCGAUAGCUCUGCCAUUGUGGGAAUCAUUUUCAUGAUAUGUUUCACGGGCCUGUUGAUGAUUAUACGUUUAUAUGCCCGGGCAUUCAUUGUGAAGAAGAUUGGUUUGGAUGAUGCAUUGGCCGUCGUGACAUUGAUGCUUUAUAUUGCCUUUGUCAUCCUCUCAAUCAUCCUGAUCAACUUGGGAAGCGGUCGCCACAUCGAAUACAUCCAAUAUGUGCUAUCUUUGCCCACAGUCCGCCAAACCGAAGUUCUAGACUUCAUCGCUCACAUUCUUUACACAACGGCUCUAUUCCUAUGUCGUCUGUCCGGUCUAGCCUUCUACUUCCGGCUCACAGCCCGCUCAACGAAACUCCACCUAAGCAUUAUCAUCGCCGCGCCACUCCUUUUCGCCGCGUACCUACCCCAGCUCUUCCUCCUGAUCUUCCACUGCAAACCGGUCACAGGGCUCUGGCCCUACGAGUGGCAAGUUGAGCCGAAGACAUACAACUGCCUCUCAUGGGGACUCGUGUAUUCGGUGAACUCGGGGCUAUCUCUCGCCUGUGAUAUAUUGAUGUUCGCCAUCCCAGCAGCACUCAUCAAGGGACUGCACGUUUCUUUAGAAAAGAAGAUCAAGCUAUCCAUCGUGAUGUUCCCCGGUAUCCUCGUAAUCAUAAUCUCCGCAAUCCGCGUCUGGCUUGUAGCAGAGGGUCAAUGGGACUCCGACGGCAGCUGGGCCUACAAUCCGAUGAUGUGUGUCGAGAACGCCGAGAUCGCGGCAACUCUAAUCGCGCUCUCGGUGCCGGCGCUGAAACCCGUCUUCGGAAACUUGUUCGCACACUUGACCGAGUACACGUCCAGCCACACGCGCUCGCGCUCGACAAAACUGCACAGUCUCGGUCAUUCUAAGACUAUUGCAAGCGGUGCGGUAUCCAGCAAUCGGGAUAGCAAGCGUCUCAUUAAUUGGUCGAAGAUUGGGAAGGAUGAUUAUGAGAUGAUGCCUUCUGAGAUAUCAGUUUCGAGGGAUGUUAGAGGUGCGUCGAGAGCGAGUGAUCACAGUGGGGAGGUGGAGAGUCGUGCGAGGAGUCCCGUGAUUCGGGUUACGAAUGAGAUUACUAUUAAUCGUGGGCAUGACGGUGUUGUUAGGGUUGAGAAGCCCGGGUCUAGGGAGAGUUAG